AUGUCUGACAACGGUGAGGAAAAAACUGUUUGCUCAUCUAAUUCCUCUGAUGCCAAAGCUCCAUUGGAAGAUAUAAAAGCACCUCCGCCAGUAAUGGCGCGAAAUUCGUUUUCUAUUGCCAGCAUUCUCAGCCGAGAUGAUCCGAAGAAAGAAUUCCACGUGAUUCCUAGCGAUAUGAACGCUUGUCUUGCCAGACGAAACUUUCAGAAUAUGGGCUUCGAGCCUCGAGUGGCUUUCAUGCGACAUACACAGAACUUUUGCAAUCACCAACAACAUGCACUGGUGAAACAGAUUUACCCUCAUUACGCAUGGAAUCCUGUCCCUCCUCGAGAUGAAAAUAGGAACAAUUCAGAAAGUCCACUACCAUCACAUCAAGCUUCUGGUUCCCCUCCCUUCCACUCGCCUUACCGUUUGGAUCCAAAUACCUCAAGUAGAUCAUCGAGUCCAACUGCCGCUUCAGCAUCCCAAUUCCGACAAGAUUCUGGAGGCGAAGGUUCAGACUCCGAACAUGAGACGGGCUCUAAAUCUCUUUGUUCAGGAGAAAUAUCUGGAAAUGGUGAUGACAAAAAAGCAAAAACUCAUAGACGGAAAAAGAAAACAAGAACUGUCUUCACAAGAAGCCAAGUGUAUCAACUUGAAGCGACGUUCGAAAUGAAACGGUAUCUCUCUAGUUCCGAAAGGGCUGGACUUGCGUCUUCCUUGCACUUAUCUGAAACGCAGGUUAAAAUAUGGUUCCAGAACCGCCGCAACAAAUGGAAGCGACAAAUGGCAGCAGAUAUGGAAGCAGCCAAUUUACAUGCCGCCGCUACGCAAAGACUUACUAGAGUACCAAUUUUGUACCACGACCGAGGUGUAGCCUCCAGUGGCGGGGCGUCUCCUAUACCAGGUAAUGGGUUGCCUGUCGUGACUGCAGCUGCAACUGCAUUUCCAAACUAUCCAGCUCUGUUUUAUCCACCUUAUGCUACUGUCCAACCCACUGCUGUACGACCCACGCUAUCAGGAAUGGGUUAA